UUGACCCACGAUCGCAGGGUUAGAACAGACUGUCUUGGCGACGAAUUGGGUCGCCGGUUAUCCCGACUCCGGCAGCGCUCUCGGUCCCCCCCGACGCGAUGGUGGCGGUGACGCCCAAGGUCCUGCUGAUCCCGGGAGGGAAGCAGAAGGGGCCGGAGGUCAGCCGGCAUGUGUCGGUGGUGUACCCCGCCCAGGGCGGCUCGCCGCACGGUCAUUCCCUGCCGUCGGCCGCCGCCGGCCACCCUCAGCGCAAGAGGCAGCGGCUGACCCACCUCAGCCCGGAGGAGAAAGCGCUGCGGAGGAAGCUGAAAAACCGAGUGGCGGCGCAGACGGCCCGGGACAGGAAGAAAGCUCGCAUGUCCGAACUGGAGGAGCAGGUGUCGGAGAUGGAAUCCGAGAAUCAAAAACUGCUAAUUGAGAACAGACUUCUGCAUGAGAAGACGCACAGUCUGCUGACAGAGAACCAAGAACUCCGGCAGAGACUGGGAAUGGAAGUUCUUGAUACAGAAAAAGAGAAGGUACUUCUCCAGGCCAGGGUGGAUGAAAUCAGCAUGGCGACCGGGUCAGCUGAGUCUGCAGUACUCAGACUAUGUGUGCCUCUGCAGCAGGUGCAGGCCCAGUUGUCCGCCAUGUUGACUCCUUCCACGUGGAUACUGACAGCAUUGACUCUUCAGACUCUGAGUCUGAUCUCUUCCUGGGUAUUCUGGACUACUUUGAUCCAGAAACCUUGCUUCGGCUCACCGAAGAAGAGUCCAGGCCCUUUGAGUUGGGAGAGUGUGCCUACAGUGAAAGUAUUGGGUCAUUACCGGCCUCCACCUCUGUACCUUUGGGGUCCUCAUCAACAAAGCUGGAAGCCAUUAAUGAAAUGAUACACUUUGACCACUUCUACCACAAGCCACUGGCUGAGGCCAGCAUUGUCCAGAGCAGCGAAACUGCCAUCAAAGUUGAGCAAACGUCUUUUAAUGGCACCAGUGAAGUGAUUGCAGAAGCCCCUUUACAAAUGGAACUCA